CCUUGAUUUCUUCAUUCCAUCGUAUAGGCUAUAGGGUUGAUUUUUGAAAACUGAUAGCCCCCCUCCACCGUAAUAUUCUUUUACUUCAUAAGCGGUCGAUAUAAAACAGCCCCAAGUAUUGCUUUCAUUUCCUCUAGACAGGACUUGAAUUGGUCCAUUUGUUUACUCUUUUCUGUCUCCACUAAUAUGAUAGAUCUCCCCGCUUGUCCUUCGUUUCCCUUCCCGGUGUCUCUCCUUGCUUUUGCCCACUCUUGACUAACAAAACACCAUAGAGUAAUACUAGUCUUUAGGAUAGCUUUGAGUAUAUAAUUCUAAAUUCUUACUAGCACAUAUAAACGCAAUGUUAUAGCCUCUGACUAAAGUAACAGUAACUCAUUACAACAGACAUAUUGAACUGUUGUACUGUAAGCCUGCCAUACUCUAACGCCUCCCCCCCAACCAUCUUUUUUCUCCAUUUGAGCUCAUGUUAAUUCAACUCUGACCGUAUACAACAGUGUUUAUCUGUAACCUUACAAGUCAAGAAACAGGUUGCCUAUUUUUGCAGGCCUUUAGGGAAUAAACCUUGCCUCACUUAGGCUAUCUCAGUUCCAUUUUUAGGCUCGGCUCUGCCACUACAGGCUUUAGGAUAUUAUUAAUCCCUUAUAGCUCAGCGUUAUAUUCACGUUUGUAGCUUUUGUGCUGCAAGUAGCUGAAGUAUAGUGGGCUACAUCUGCAGCUGAAGGCACAGGCCCAUAGCGCUACUGAGGUGCUCUUACCCUCUCUGCAUACCGGAAUUUCUAUUAUUUGGAUACAAAAAUUAAAAAAAAACAAACCGAGAGGGGAGACAUAACUGUCUACCCUCCACCCCCUCCAAUCCUCCAAGUAGCCUCCCCAGUUUUUCUCUUGUUUCGGUCCUCACCCAAACGCAACCAUAAGGUUCCUACCGCAUCCUCCUCCUUCCCCCUCCUCUCGCACGAGUAUAUCCCGUUUUUUCAGUUUGAUUUGGUCCCGCAAAUUUUCAAAUAUUUAUUUCCUAUACAUCAAGAGGAAAGGGGGUCCCCCUUUCAUGGAAUGCGGAAACAUGGGUCUGUUCGACCGCGGAGUCCAGAUGCUGCUGACCACGGUGGGAGCCUUCGCGGCCUUCAGCCUCAUGACCAUCGCGGUCGGCACGGACUACUGGCUGUACUCCCGCGGCGUCUGCAAGACCAAGUCCAGCAGCGAGAACGAGACCAGCAAGAAGAACGAGGAGGUGAUGACCCACUCGGGCCUGUGGAGAACCUGCUGCUUGGAAGGAAACUUCAAAGGGAUGUGUAAACAGAUAGACCACUUUCCUGAAGACACGGAUUACGAAGCGGACCCCUCUGAGUAUUUCCUACGUGCGGUGCGAGCUUCCAGCAUCUUCCCCAUCCUCAGCGUCAUCCUGCUCUUCAUGGGAGGCCUGUGCAUAGCUGCCAGUGAGUUCUACAAGUCACGCCACAACAUCAUCCUCAGCGCAGGGAUCUUCUUCGUGUCUGCAGGCCUGAGCAACAUCAUCGGGAUCAUCGUGUACAUAUCAGCCAACGCGGGGGACCCCUCCAAAAGCGACUCCAAGAAGAACAGCUACUCAUACGGCUGGUCGUUCUACUUCGGCGCCCUCUCCUUCAUCAUGGCCGAGAUGGUGGGCGUCCUGGCCGUGCACAUGUUCAUCGACCGCCAUCGACAGCUCCGGGUAGGGGCGCGCGCGGCCGACUACCUCCAAGGCUCCGCCAUAACGCGAAUCCCCAGCUACCGCUACCGAUACCGGCGCCGCUCGCGUUCCUCCUCCCGCUCCACGGACCCAUCACACUCCCGCGACGCCUCGCCGGUGGGCCUCAAGGGCUUCAGCGCGCUGCCGUCCACGGAGAUCUCCAUGUACACGCUCCCCCGGGACACCCUCAAGUCCUCCGGCACGCCCACCGCCACCUACAACUCGGAGAGGGACCACAACUUCCUGCAAGUCCACAACUGCAUCCAGAAGGACCUGAAAGACUCGGCCCACACCAACACAGCCAACCGCCGCACCACGCCCGUAUGA